GCGGGAACGCGAGACCGGAAAGGAUGGCGGCGGCGGCAGCAGCAACGUCGUCGAUGGCCCCGAGAGCGGCCGCGGUGGUGCCUGGACCGGCGAGGAUGUGGUCAUGUACGAGUGGACCACUCCUGCUGACGGGCACAAGGAGGUGUUCUUCCGGAACAUGCUCAGCUUUGCCAAGGACGAUGUCGAGCCGCUGCUUUCUGAGAUCGCGGUGCUGCAGCGGGAGCGCGAGCAGCAGCGGAACAAGGGGAACGCGGCGGCGGCGUGGAUCGGGUCUCUUUGGUGGUUCCUGGGCAUGCUUUGGGUGGUGGCUAGGUUGUUGGCCAGGCUGCCCAAGGGGAUGUAUAGUGUCGCGCACAUGGACACUUUCUUCCUGCUGGUCGAUGAUCGAUAUGGUAAAGGACCGCAAGGCCGAGUCGGGCAGCAUAAUCGGGCGUUGAAAGAGGGUGCUGAUGAAUGGGACCGUCCCUCAAGGAGGUCGAGGGCAGUAACGUAUAUGCUGUUCGCUGUGCUGAAGGUCAUCGGCCGAGUUGGCGGAUGGAAGGUGUGGAAAGAGGAGUACACGCCAGAGAGACUGCGGAACGUCGCGCGAAGUAUGCAUUGAGGCGGUGCUAUUACCCGUCACCCGCUGGAAUGAGGGCUAUCACGACAGAUUGGGAUACAAUAUUCUCACAUUGAAAUCUAAGCAG